UCAAAAUUUGAACCGUUUUGUGUGCUUGUUGUAGGCUGAGCCUGGGGGGUGACACCGCAAAUUCCCGGAUUACUGGAGACUCUAUACACCGUCCUGAGAGCAGAGCAUACACUGCGGAGAGCGGACUGCUGACAGCAUGGAUCCCUUCACAGAGAAAUUACUUGAAAGGACGCGAGCAAGGAGAGAGAAUCUUCAAAAGAAGAUGGCGGACAGACCCACGGCCGGAGCACGGGUGGCAGCAUUAAACAAAAGGCCGCUUACAGAAACCAAUCGUCAGCCUCCCGUACAAGCUGAAGAAGUGAAACCAUGCUCGAAACCAUCUCCCUCAAAGAGACGCUGCUCUGAUGAAAACAAAAUAUUGGGAACUGAGAACAAACAACCAAAAAGUCCAGAGAUUGUUAAAAAUACACAGCCAGAGAUUGUUGCGCAGCCACAAGUGAGGCCCACAGAACCGACUCCACCAAGAACCAUUGUAACCAGUAAAGAGGAGCCGAAAGUCCACUCUGAGGAUCAUGGGGCACCUUCAGUGAGGAGUCGUAUGCAGAGGCUUGCUGAUCAGCGGAGAUAUUGGGAUAAUAAUGGUAACAAGAGUAGCCCACCAAGUUCCCCUCCUAUUAGCAACCCACCCAAAGAAAUUGUACCUUCCCCUCCAAAGACACAGACUUCCAUAAUUAACCCUGAAACUCCCAUGAACCGGAGAGGUCGUUUCGCUAACCUGGCUGCCACGAUCGGGUCCUGGGAAGACGACUUGAGUCAUCCAAGUGUUAAACCAAACAAUACACAAGAAAAGCCUGGUACCGCUUGUUUAUCGAAAGUGUCCGCUGCCAGUUCAGCAUCUUCCAGCAUCAAUAGUCAUACUGUCCGGCAGGAAGCUUUCUCUCAAAAACCCAAAGAGGAGCCUGUGAAAAAAGCCACGCUCCCUAGCACGCUGGUGUCUACACGUUCUGAAUCAAAACUUUCAAGUGCUCCAGUAGCAAACACCAUUAUUAAUGAUGCACCAAAAGAUAAAGUCACAAAUGUCCCUUCCAAGUUGAAGGAGAGGAAUGAACAACCAGCUCAAAUAGAAAAGUCUGUGUCAGCCAACGUCUCUACCCCACAGAGAGCAGAGAGACCAACCUCAAAAAUAUUCACCACUUUCCAAGCAACCCCUAGGGAAGAAUUCAGUAGAACACCUGUAGGGCAAAGAGACAAGACUGUAACACCAGGUGGUCCGGGAGUUAAGUCGUUCCUGGAGCGAUUUGGGGAGAAGUGUCAUGAACGCACGCCUGUUAACACAACACCUGGAAACUCUGCACUGAAGUCUUCUGCGGUGACGCCAACAACAAAAAGUAUCCAGGAAAGGCUUUUAAAGCAGACUGAUGUGUCCAGUACUGCUAGCUUAGCACAGCAGCAGAAAAAGGAACGUGAAAAGGAACUUUCAGCCAUUCGUUCCCGAUUUGAUAAAGGCAGUGUCUGGCCGGCAGAUAAGGAAGGCGCAGCUAAAACCAAGCAUCAGGAGACACAAAGGGAAAUUCAAGCUCAUCCAGUGACUUCUAGCAAGCCACCAAAGCCAAUCUCCCAACCAGCUGUUGAGCGAGUGCCUGUCUCCCCACAGAAGGGCACAGCAAGUGGCACCCAACAAAAGAUUGCUGAAUAUGUAAAAAGUCCUGAGAAAUCUGCACAACCCUCUUUAGUGACCAAAGAAAAGCAAGCCUUCAGUAACGAAGUGAAGUCUAGUGGGGAUAAAGUGGAAGUGAUAAGAGAGAUUGAGAUGAAUGUAGAUGGAAGCAUUGAUGAGACUAACAGCUCAGAAGUGAUCACCAGCAUAUUUAGUGAUGCUCUUGAAAACGAGGAUGAAGAUGUAGAUGAAGUAUGUACUCGGCAUGUGGAAAGGAUUUCAGAUGAUACAGAAAGCAAUAAAGAAGGCGAUGACAGUUCUGUUGACGAAGAUGAUGAUGCGCUCAACAUUUCUUCAAUGUCUUUGCUAACUCCAUUAGCAGAGACGGUUGGAGUUGGAAGUCCAGAGUCCCUACUGUCUCUCUCACUAUCGCCCUCCAAGGUACACGCAGAGACUAGUGCAAGUUCUGAUAGCCCUAAAUCGGUAAAGUUUCAAAGGACCAGGGUACCCAGGGCAGAAUCAAAGGACAGUUUUAGAUCCAUAGAGGAAAAUCAAAAUCUCUUGUACAGCAUCGAUGCAUACCGAUCACAGAGAUUUAAAGAGGCCGAUCGUCCUCAGGUAGUGCAAACAAUUGUGCGCAAAGAAGAUGUGUCUUCCCGAAUGGAGGAAGCAAAGUAUGCAUCUCCCCGGAAUGUUAAUAUCAAACAGAAACUAAAGAUAUUAAAUAAUGAAAUCAACAUGCAACAAACUGUGAUCCAUCAGGCUAGUCAGGCUCUUAAUUGCUGCACAGACGAGGAGCAUGGUAAAGGAACACAGACAGAAGCAGAGGCAGAACGCUUACUGCUGUUUGCAACUGAGAAAAGAGCAAUUUUGCUUGCUGAGAUUAACAAAUUGAAGAGUGAAGGUCCCCAGAAAAGACCACAGCCUUCAGCUUAUGAGAGCACUCCAUCCAGAGGCCUUAUAUCUAUUUCUGAGAUAUUUCUGCCUAUCAAGCCUGAUUUUAUUUGCAAUACAUCUCAGAGACCAGAUGCAGCAAACUAUUACUUCUUUAUAGUCAUUCGAGCUGGAGCAGAAAACAUGGUGGCAACGCCCCUUGCCAGUAUUUCUAGUUCAAUGAAAGGAGAUGCUCUAACUUUUCCAACCACCUUUACACUUGAGGAUGUUUCUAAUGAUUUCAACAUUCAUGUUGACGUGUACAGUUUGGCACAAAAAAAAGAGAGCUCUGCUCUUGAUAAAAGGAAAAAGGCUGGAAAGACUAAGGCAAUCACUCCAAAAAGACUGCUUACUUCUAUUACAAAAAGUAACAUUCACACACCAGCCUUGGCCAGUCCAGGAGGUCGCAAUGCUGUCCGCACCAGCUACUUUGUUCUUGUUGGAUCUCACAAGCUCUCGCUAUCGUCCAUUGGUUGCAACAAGUUUCUCUUAGACAAGGUUCCAUUUUUGUCUCCUUUAGAAGGCCAUGUCUGUCUAAAAAUCAAGUGCCAAGUCAAUUCCUUUUUUGAAGAAAAGGGCUUUAUGACUAUGUUUGAAGAUGUAAGUGGCUUUGGAGCUUGGCAUCGGCGUUGGUGCGUUCUGUCGGGUUAUUGUAUAUCUUACUGGACAUAUCCAGAUGAUGAAAAACGAAAGAACCCUAUUGGCAGAAUAAACUUGGCAAACUGUACAAGCAGGAAAAUCGAACCAGCCAACCGGGAAUUCUGCGCCCGACCCAAUACGUUGGAGCUUAUUACAGUGCGUCCACAGAGAGAGGGUGACAGAGAAACUUUAGUUAGCCAAUGCCGGGACACACUGUGCGUUACCAAGAACUGGUUAUCUGCAGACACUAAAGAUGAACGAAAUCUCUGGAUGCAAAAGCUUAACCAGGUCAUUGUGGAUCUUCGCAUGUGGCAGCCAGAUGCUUGCUAUAGACCAGCUACCAAAGUUUAAAAGAAAUUGUGGAUGUUUACUGAACCUGCGUCUUGUCCCAUAGUUCAUCUAGUUUUUGUGUGUGUGUUUUUUUUUUAUUUGUAUGCUUUUUAAAACUAUAUUCUGCCUUUUUGUUGUGUAUCAUUUUUCAUCAAACUGAGGCGUUUUAUUACUAAAUUUCCCUUGGCCUCCUGGAUAAAAUUUGGGUGAGUUAGUGAUUUUGUUGCUAGGAAUCUGAAUCUAACCCUACAUAAUACCACUGAGGGAUAGUGCCUGUAGUAUUUGUAUUGUUUUACUCCUUUAUUUUGGCAGUGAAAAUUUUGCUUUUUGUGAGCGCUUUAAUUUCCUGCUACCUUAUGUGCAAUAUUCAAACCUUUCUUUGGGCAGAAUUGCCACAACAGUUUUACUUUUAUAUAUUUAAAAAAGAAAAAGCUAUUUUAAUUACUUUAAAAACAUGAGCACAGUCCGUAGAUGUUUUUCCAGCUUAGCUUUUUUUUUCCCCUCACUCUGAAACUUCAACAUGGAGUUAUUUGAAGCUCAAAACGAAUGCUUCAGUGGCUUCCACUGUUUUGAAUUGUACAGUUUAUGCAUUAUUUAAAUACCACACUGUUUCAGGAUCUGUUGUGCGAUUUAUUAGUUAAAUAAAAAUGUAUUAUUUUUUUAAUAAACAUGUCGUACUUACCCCCACUGUGCAGCUCGUUUUGCACAGA